AUGUUGAGCCCAGCACAUGUUUGGGCCGGUUCCGUCCUCAUGGCCCCUCGCCGACUAACCGGUCGUCACACUAUCGUCCUCCCUGCGGCGGCGGUAUACCAGUCCGGCCUAACCUCUCGCUCGCGCCAUCAGCAAGCAAACUCAUCUCGCCUCUCCCUCACCCGCGCCGCCGAGCAUACCUCCAGCACCAGCCUUUCUUCCACAAAUGCAUGCCACCUCGCCGCCUUCCGUGGUCGUCGGCGUCCACCUCCACUCCACUGGAUUUGCGUGAGGUCUCGAAAGAUUUCUUCUUCUCAUGCAUAUGUAAGACAAAAGGCAAACCAGGGAUACAAGGAACGGAAGGAUGUAAUAAGGAAGCAGCUCAACAAUCCCGAAUUAUCUCUAUCUUCGUAUGACACUGCAUGGAUGGCUUUGGUGCCAUUGCCUCGUUCUCCUUCGUCCCCAUGCUUCCCUGGGUGUGUGGAAUGGAUAUUGCAAAAUCAACAUGAUAAUGGAUCUUGGGGUAUCCAUGAAGCCGACUCUUCAGCAAAAAAGGAUCUUCUCUUGUCCACAUUGGCUUGUGUUGUUGCACUUAAAAAAUGGAACAUUGGCCUCGAGCACAUAAGGAGAGGACUGAGUUUCAUUGAAAGAAAUAUCUCCAUUGCCAUGAAUAAGAUUGAUACUCCUAUAGGAUUCGACAUAAUAUUUCCUAGUUUGCUUAGCACUGCCAUUGGGAUUGGUCUAGAAUUGACUAUUCCACAGACUGAUGUUGAUGGGAUUCUUCACCUCAGAGAGGAGGAAUUAAAACGACUUGCUGGAGAUAAAUCUUGCGGGAAAGAUGCAUAUAUGGCUUACAUAGCCGAAGGGUUAGGAAAUCAAUUAGACUGGAAUGAAACAAUGAAGUUCCAGAGAAAGAACGGAUCAUUCUUCGACUCUCCUUCGACAACUGCUGCUUCCGUGAUUUUCAAUUACGAUGAAAAGGCUCUCCAAUAUCUAGAUUUACUUGUCAGCCAUUUUGGAAGUGCAGUUCCAACAGUUUACCCGAUAAAUAUACAAUUUCAGCUCUCAUUGGUUGAUUCUCUUCAAAAAGUUGGAAUAUAUAAGCAGUUUUCUAGUGAGAUAAAUGACAUUCUAGAUAUGACAUACAGUUUGUGGUUGCAAAGAGAUGAGAAAAUCGUGCUAGACAUCACAACAUGUGCAAUGGCAUUUCGCCUUUUACGGAUGAAUGGAUACGAUGUCUCCUCAGAUGGCAUGUCCCAUGUUGCGGAACUCUCCAGUUUCACUAGUUCACUAAAAGGAUAUUUGAAUGAUACAAAAUGCAUACUUGAAUUGUACAAGGCUUCAAAACUAUGUUUGUCAGAAGAUGACGUGAUAUUGGACAAUAUAGCCAUCUGGUCUGCCAGCUUAUUGAAGGAAAAGUUGUGCUCUAAUGAGGUGCAAAGAGAGCCAAUUUUUGCGGAGGUGGUUCAUGCUCUUGAAUUUCCCUUUUAUGCCACAUUGGAACGUCUAGACCACAGGUGCAAUAUCGAAAAUUUUGAUGCUAGGUGUGCUCAGAUGCAAAAGACGGAAUACUUGCCAUAUGGUGUAUUCCAAGAUAUUUUGGCUUUGGCUGUUGAAGAUUUCACUACUUGUCAAUCUAUUUAUCAGGAUGAGCUCCUUCAUCUUGACAGUUGGGUCAAAGAGCACGGGCUGGACCAGCUAAAAUUUGCACGACAGAAGCUGCCAUAUAUCUAUCUCUCGGCUGCCGCUAACAUAUGCGAGCCAGAAUUGUCAGAUGCCCGCAGUUCAUUGACCAAAAAUGCAGUACUUACCACCGUUGUUGAUGACUUUUUUGAUGUUGGGGGAUCAAUUGAAGAACUGGGAAACCUCAUAUCAUUGGUUGAGAAGUGGGAUGGGCACAACGAAGAAGAUUUCUACUCAGAGGAAGUAAAAAUAGUAUUUUCUGCUCUAUAUUCAACUGUCAACCAGCUUGGGGCAAUGGCUUCCACACUGCAAAAUCGGGAUGUUAGAGAACACAUGAUAGACGCAUGGUUACAUGCAAUGAGGGGUACGAUGACCAAGGCAGUAUGGCAGAGGAGCCAAUAUGUGCCAACAAUUGAAGAGUACAUGAAAAAUGCAGUUCCUUCUUAUCUUAUGGGCCCCAUUCUGUUCCCAACAUUAUAUUUUUUGCGAGAAAAUCUCAAGGCUACUGUUGUCAAAGAUCACGAAUACAAUGAGUUAUAUCGGCUAAUGAGCACUUGUGGCCGUCUCCUGAAUGACAGUCAAAGUUUUGAGAGGGAGGGCAGCGAAGGCAAACUGAACAUAGUCCAUCUGCUUAUUCUUCACAGUGGUGGUUCUAUGUCUAUAGAAGACGCCCUAGGUGUGGUGCACAAGUCCAUAGAUACUUGCAGGAAAGAUCUGCAAAAAUUGGUUUUUAGGAAAGGAAGCGUCGUUCCGAGAACAUUCAAAAAGCGGUUCUGGAACAUAUGCCAGACUAACUUCGUGUACUACCGCGAGACAGAUGGAUUUAGCUCGCCAACUUCAUUGAACAGCCUAGUGAAUGCAGUUAUCAAUGAGCCUCUCAAAGUACCAAAUUAG